AUGACCUCAGUCAGCACGUGGGCUGGAGUGUCGAUUGCUUGCUCCCUAAUGGUUGCGAUUUAUGCCCUGGCGCCGAUCUCCGGCGCAAACUUCAACCCCGCGGUGUCUGUCGCCCUCGGCCUGUCAAAGAAGUUGGACUGGAAGGACGUCGGCCUCUACUCGGUGACGCAGGUCCUUGCGGGGGCGUGUGCGGGCGUGGGCUACCGCUGCCUGUUCGGAGCCGGCUUCGAGCUCGAGCCUGUCACAGGCUUCUCGUGGUUGCAAGCGGGCGCCAGUGAGCUCCUGUACACGCUCAUGCUCUGCUUCGUGGUCCUGAACACCGCCUGCUCCGCGGCGAACGCUGGCAAGCACCAGUUCUACGGCCUCUCCAUCGGCUUCGUGAUCGUCGCGGGCGCAUACGGUGCCGGCGCCGUCUCCCUCGGAUGCUUCAACCCCGCAGUCGCCCUCGGCAUCGAGGCGAGCAGCUUGACCUUGGGUUACUCUCCAGUGUACAUUGCCUUCGAGCUCGCAGGUGCCGCGCUGGCUUCAGCACUGUACUCAGUGGUGCGGCCGGAGGAGUUCGAGCAGGGGCAGCCGGCGGGGAUGAUGGCGAAGGUGACGUCGGAGAUACUCGGGACUUACUUUCUUGUGCUGACCGUCGGCCUCAAUGUCCUCGGCGACGGAGAAGUGUUCUCCAUCGCGGCGUCGCUCAUGUGCAUGAUCUUCGCACUGGGUGAUGUGUCGGGGGCCCACUUCAACCCUGCGGUGACCGUGGCGGUCUGGGCGAUCGGGCAGAUCGACGCGGUUGACGCGGGCGUCUACGUGUGCUUCCAGCUCUUCGCCGGCAUCCUGGCAGCGCUCACCUACACCCUCAUCUACGAGGGAACCGGCACCGCCGCCACCUCCCUCGCCCCUGGCGCAGGCUACGGACUACCAUCGGAAGCCGCAGUGGCCGAGGUCUUCUUUACGUUCGUGCUCUGCUUCGUCGUGCUGAGCGUCGCCUGCUCGCCCAGCGCGAGGAAGGGCAGCUACUCGGAGGUCUUCGGGCUCGCCAUCGGCUCCUGCGUCACCGUGGGCGGCUACGCGAUCGGGGCCGUCUCGGGCGGCAGCCUGAACCCGGCGGUGUCGAUCGGCAUUGCGUCGGGCGGCGCGUUGGGCGGCGAGGGCAUCGGCGACUACUCGUACGGCGCGUACUACAGCCUCUUCGAGCUGCUCGGCGCGAGCCUCGCGGCCUGCGUGUACCUCUCGACGCACGCUGCGGCGGGCGUGGCGAAGCACGGUGGCGGAUUACAAGGUCGAGAUUGUGAGAACGGUUUCGAUGAAUUGUGGGGCUACCUUUGGUCCAUAGGUUCUACCACGCCCACUCCGUGCAGGCACGUGGCGGAUCACAAAGUCGAGGUUGUGGGCAUAAUUUUCGAUGAACUGUGGGGCUACCCGAGGGCCAUAGGUGCCUACUUGCAGGGUGCGCUCGAAGUCUGGAAGACUGUCGGGCUAGUGUUAGUAUGGCUGCGACACGCUUUCGCACAGGGCUACUCUAUGCCAGACAGCAUACCUACAAGCAUGCGGCUCACCAUGGACGACGCGGACGCGGGGAGGCUCCGAACCGGCCCUGGCAGCUACCUCCAUCAGAUGCCCGCGGUGAUGACGCUGAACACCCCGAUGGCCAUCUACGGCGACGAGUUCGGCCUGGCGAACAUGAGGCGGGCGCGCGGCAACGCGACGCCCGAGCUGCAGAGCGCGGAGGAGGUGGACCUGAACGACCUGCCGCCGUGCAAGAGCCACUUGCAGGAGCUGCGGAAGAACAACUUGAAGUACACCGACGGGAAGAACGCGCCCUCCAUAUCUCUCGGCUGCAUCUGGGACAGCCCCGCCCCCGACGCCGUGACCCCAGGGGGACAGGCCCCCACUGGACGGCACGCGGCGCCGAUGCGCCGCGUGCUCUCCGCGCGGCGGGCCCGCCGCGCCUCCGGCGAGGCUGGGCGGCUUCGCGUGGCCCGCCUUCGAGGCGCGGCCGUGGCCGGCGGAGCCCGACGCCGGCGGCGGCGAGGGGUGCGCCCGGCGCCAGGUGGCGGUGGUCGGGGCCGACCCCGCGGGCCUCACCCUCGCGCUGCUCCUCGCGCAGGCGGGCAUCUCCGUGGUGCUGCUGGACCCCCGGCGCAGCUUCGCGGCGACCAGCCGCGCGGCGACGUGGGGCGCCCACUCGCUGGAGCUCUGGGCGCGGCUGGGCGUGGAGGUCGAGGCCGCGGUGCUGGCGCAGGGUUCGGAUGUCGCCACCUGCAGGAGCUGCUGCUCGUGGGGCCAGGCGACAGGGAGCCGGUGCUGGCGGCAGAGAUGGAGGUGGAGGAGCGGCGAGAGUGCCUCGUGGCCCCGGUGGCCGUACACUUGCAGCAGUACCGUGUGGAGCGAAUCCUGCACGAUGCGCUGGCGGCGCUGCCUGCCGGCCUAGUGGACAUGCGGUGGUGCUGCACCGUGGAGGGCGUCAGCGCCGACGAGGAGGGCGUCGCGCUGCAGUGCACAUCGCCCGGGGCCAACGGCAAGCCAGCCAGCCAUGAGUUGAAGUCUAGCUACGUCGUGAUCUGUAACGCUGCCGCAAAGCUGCGCCUGGCGCUAGGGGAGACCACGCCCAACCCAGCACCCUCUGACAGAGUGACACAGACGGUGCUGUCCGUGGACCUGGAGCUCCGCGACGGCACGGCCCGCGCGGACCGCCGACUGCUGCUCGCCUCGCGCGCAGAGGGAGUGGUCGACCACGCCGUGGACACCAUGUCCUGGCUCUCCGUGUCGCAGCGGUCGCACCCCGACGGGCUCAUCCGGCUCGAUGCCAUCUUGCCCGCGGGGGUCGACCUGCACAAGGUGUCCACGGACAGGGCCGCCGAGGACCUCGCCCGGGGAGUGCUCGGCGAGGGGGCGGCGCGGGCCGUCCGCGGCAGCGUGGCGCAGCAGUUCCGCGCCGGAGCCGCGCACCGCGCCUCGCAGGGCCCCCGCGUCUACCUGUGCGGCGAGGCGCUCGCGGUGACGAGCCCCUUCGGGGGCGCGGCGGGGAACCUGGCGGUCCAGGACGCGGCGAACCUGGCCUGGAAGCUGGCCCUGGUGCUCCUGCAGGGGGCCCCCGCCGCCCUGCUGGAGACCUACCCGCGCGAGCGCGAGGCCGCCCGGGCCGCCGACGCGGCCGCCCGCCGGCGCGGCGAGCGCCUGCUGGCGCCGGCGGCCGCGGCGCAGCGCGAGGUGCGGCUGGCGGCCCUGUCGCUGCUGCGCUCGGGGCAGGAGCUGGGCGCGGCGCUCCUCGCGGACUGCGGGGCGCUCCCGUGCUGCUCGCUGCGCUCGGGCUCGCCGCUGCUGCUGCCGGACGAGGCCCGCCACGGCGGGCCGUCCGGGGCACAGUUCCAGGCCGGGGCGCCCGGGCCUGGGGACGUGCUCGCCGACUGCGCCGUGGAGGACCUGCACGCCAUGCUCGACGGGGAGUCGCAGGAAUCGUCGCGGCAGGGCCCCACUUUUCUGCUGAGGCACACUGGGGCGUUCUUCACAGCCGUGUUCUUUGCGAUGACCGUGGGGGACAUCCCUUGGGAGGCGCUCAAGCUCAUCGACCGCCCACGGACGCAGAUGACGACGGAGCUGCUGCGCAGGGUCGUUGUUGUUUUGGAUGCAUCCGCGCUGGAGAGAAUGUCCGAAGAGCACGCUACCGCCGUCGGGCUGGCGCGGCGCAUCGGCGUGCGCCUCAUGGCAGACCGGGAGGGGAGCGCGGUUCGGGCGCUUGACGCGCGCCCAGGCACCGUUGUUCUCGUCCGCCCCGACCUGCACGUGGCGGCGCGCUGGCGCGAGCUCCGCCCGCGGGAUGUCUCUGGCGCCCUCCUCCGCGCGACGGGGCACUUCCUUCACGAGUCGCCUCUGGCCGACCCGACUGCUCUGCAAGCGCAUGCCCAGCCUCUGGCAAGCACGCAGGUGGCCUCAGCAUCGGCCGCCGCGGCUGCGCUCCAUGGCCCCGCUGCGCAGGCGGCCGCCUGCAGGCUGCUGGACGACCUCGUCGAGAGGCUCGCGUCCGUGCCCUCGGAGGGGCGGCUCACGCUCCUGGCGAGCGCCGUGAUGCUCACCGCCGCCCGCGCGGGCAGCUGGGAGGCCGCCGAACGUGCGCUGGCGCUGGCAGCCUCAGCAGCGCUCUGCGGCCAGCCGAGCGACGAUGGCGCCGAGCUGGCGUACCGAUCCCCUCGAGGCAGCCGCCGCAGUCAGCCGGCAGACGCCACGAGCCAGCGGUGGGCCAGCGACGCGGCAGCGGCGACGGAGGCGAGCCUGCCGCUGCGGCUGCAGGAUCACCUGGCCGCGUCGUUCGAGGCCGGCGGCUUGGGGACAGGCGCUUGCUGGGGGCACAGCGCGGCCACCGGCACCGCCGCCGGCACCGCGCUCCUCGGCGAGCUCCUCGGCGGGCCUCUCGGGGAGGCGCCCGGGGUGAGCACCGGCCUCGUCUCGGCCGAGGUGGCCGCGGAGUGCCUCGCGCGCGCGCUGCAGCAGGACCCCGACGCGGGCUUCGCGUGCUCGCCGCCGCCGGCCGGGCUGCGAGGGCUGCGCGAGCGGCUGGCGGGCUCCUUAAGCCAGGCGGAGGGCCUGGACCUAACGCCCGACGGCGUCUUCGUCCUGGAGGGCCCCUGCGCAGCGCUGCGCCACCUGCUGCGCGGGCUGCUGGCGCCCCCGGAGCCCGCGCCGGCCCGCGGCACGCCCGCGGGCGGAGCUGGCGGCAGCGCCGCCGCGGAUGUGGGCGGCGGAGGCGGCGAGCUGCAUGCGCCGCCGCCGCUCGCCGAGGUCGCAGCCGACGGCCCGGAGGAGGGCGUGGCCGCGCGCGAGCCGGGCGAGGGCGCCGGCCCCGGCCCGCCCGCGGAGGUGCUGCUCGUGGGGGCGUGCCCCGAGGCCUGGCUGCCGGCCCUCGGGCCCUGGCGCGUGCGGCGCUUCGACCCGCCGGGCGGGGCGGAGGGCGGCUUCCGUGUGCGGGCGGAGGACGUGGCCCGCAACGUGGCGGCCGAGACGCGCGCGGUGCUGCUGCCGCUCUUCAGCGCCGUGACGGGCCUCGCGCUGGAGGCGCCGGAGCUCUCCGCGCUGGGCCGCUUCGUGGACCUCGAGGCGCGCCGGCGGCAGCGGCUGACCCCCGCGGGCGCCGGCCACGGCCUGGUGCUGCUCGUGGACGUCACCGCGCGGGGGCUGCAGCUCGACGUCGGCGCCGCGGGCGAGGCCCUGCCCGUGCUCUCGCGGUGCCAGCAGUGCGUCGUCUUCGGCGAGCUCUUCGGCGGCUUCAGCCCCGCCCCGGCGCUGCAGGCGCAGUAUGCGGCCGCAACCGCCGACGCCCUGCGCGGCGCCCUGGCGGCCGCCGCCGCGGCCGCGCGCGCCGCCGGCAGCGGUGCGUGCGGUGGGUCGCUGGCGCAGGCUCUCGCUGCGGCGCUGCCCCAGGAGGUGCGCUGCCUGGAGGGCCUCCGCCGCCGCCGCGAGGUGCUGUGCGAGGCGCUGCAGGCCGCGGGCCUGGCCGUGGUGGGCGGGCGGCCCCGCGCGGGCCACUGGCUCGCCGCCAGGCUGCCCGAGGACGUCGACGAGGUGGACUACUGCGAUGCGCUGGACAGCUACGGCGUUCGCGCGGUGGCCGGCGCACCCUUCGGUGUGCCGGGCUGCGUGCGGCUGGACUUCGCCGUGCCCUUCGACGCCCUCGAGGACUCCCUGGGCGCCUACGCCGCCGCGGUGCAGGACGUGCGCCAGUGGCAGCGGGACGGCGGCGCCAGAGGGCCCCGCUACAUGGCCAGGAAGCAGUCCGCGCGCAACUCGAUGGCGCUGGCCGUGGCCAAGGGAGACGUCCACGCGCUGCGCGCCUCCGUCGCGGACGCCGAGGCCGCGCGACUGGGCGCCCCGGAGCUCGCGGCCGCCAGCGAGGCGCUGGCGGUGCUCGUGGCCCAGUCGGACGGCGCCGAGGAAGCGGGGGCGACGCCCGCGGGCUCGCUCGCGGACGCGGCGGGCGAGUCGCUGCGGUCGGAGACCCCAGACGUCCAGGCGCUGACGGCGGAGCUGGACGCGGACGCGGAGGGCGGCGAGGAGCUCUCCGAGGCAAGCGGCGGCGCCGAGGCGCCUCGCGAGGCAGAGGCCGACGUGGAGGCCGACGCGGCCGACGUGGCCGCGGCGGAGCAGGCCGGCAGGGCUGCGCACCUGGGGGCGCAGCUGCGCCGCGGGGCGCGCGCCCUGGCGUGCGUGGUGCAGACCACGGGCAGCAUCACGACCGAGCUGAUCGCGCAGGCCGGCUUCGAGCUCAGCGCGAGGUCGGCGCUGGGCGCGGGGUCCCACGCGGUCUUGCGGCUGCCCGAGGCGGAGGUCAGCCUGGUGAGCAGGGCUCUGGACGCGGGCGCCGAGGGCGUCCUGCUGCCCCGGGUGGCGUCGCCCGGGGAAGCAGAGGCCUUCGCCGCGCUGGUGCAGGAGGCUCGCGACCGCCUGCGCGGAGACGACGCCAUCGAGUGGCACGAGGAGUGCGAGGAGGAGGAGCCUGAGGCGCCCGCGAAGCAGGCGGGGCAGCAGGCGAUGGUCGACCCCGCCGUGCCUCACGCGACGCCGCCGCCGCCGAGGCCGCUGGUCGCCGUGGAGCUGGACCCCGCGAGCGGGCUCGACGUGGCGGAGGCCGUGCUCGAGGUCGCGGGCAUCGACCUGGUGCUCGUCGACCCCGACCGGGCCGCCGAGCACAUCGCGGCGCGCCACGGCUGCACGUACCAGCCGAGCUCUCGGGGCGCGGCCCUCGUGGAGGACGGCCACGCUGGAGACCUCGCCGCGGGCGGGCCGCGGGUGCAGGCCGCGGACGGCGACGCCGCGGCCGCCGAGGAGGACCCGCCCCGCGGCGCCUCGCCCACCGCGGAGGGCGAGAUGCAGCCCACGGCGCCGCAGAGCGCGGCCCCCGCGUUCCGGCGGGGCGUCGGGGCGCGGCGCAGCAUCACGGAGGAGCUGAAGGCGCCCUCGAUGGGCCCGCGGCGGCAGAGCGCCGCCGCCGCGCUCUCCUCCAGGGCCUCCGAGGAGCUGGCGCAGUUCUGGGCCCGCUUCGACGCGCUCCCCGCCCGCGCGGCCGAGUGCCAGAAGCUGCUCGGCUGCUGCGCGCACACGCGCUCCUCUCCCGUCCAGCUGCUGCAGGCGGGGCACUGCGUGGUCGUGAUCGCUGUCGACACCGCCCUGCUUCGAGAGGGUGCCGUGAGGCACGCAGCCGAGAUGAAGACGGACAGGGACAGCACGCAGCGCCUCUUCGUGACUCCCCUGGAGAGCGCGCGGGCCAGGCUGGCCAGCAGCGCGCUGGUGGCCCAGCUGCGGCGCCACAAGGUCGCCCUGGGUGCCUUCGUGCACCUGAGCGACCCCCUGACCACGGAGACGCUGUCGCUGGCCGGCUUCGAGGCCGUCGUGCUGGACCACGAGCAGGGGCCCGGCGACCUGGUGAACGCUGUGGGCCAGAUCCACGCGGCUUCCAGCGCGGGUGCGCACACGCUGCUGCGAGUGCCAGGACAGGACCAAGCGUACCUCCGCCGUGCGCUGCAGCUCGGCGUCGACGGCAUCAUCCUGCCGCACACGGAGAGCGCCGAGCAGGCGGCGGACUUCGUGGCCCUGGCACGCCGCUGCUGGCCGUCCGCCGCGCAGCGCAGCGGCGGGGGGCCGGUGGCCAGCGUCCUGCGGCCGAACGCUGGCGCGGCGAGCAUGCAGCACCUGCGGAGGCGUGGGGAGGAGCUGCUCCUGAAGGCCUGCCAGGUGGAGACCGAAGCAGGCCUCGCGGCCGUUGCAGACAUCGCGCGGGUGGAGGGCGUGGACAUGGUCUUCUUCGCGCCCGUGGAGCUCGCGGCGUCCAUCUGCCGCGGCGCGGAGGCGGGCACGCUGUCCGCCCUGGAGGGCGCCGAGGCCGAGGUGAAGAAGGCCAAGAAGCUGCUGGGCGGGAUGCUGGUGCCGGGCCGCUCGGCGGAGCAGAUGUUCGCCUUGGGCUACGACUUGAUCUGCACCACCAGCGACGUCAUCCUGCUCCGCAGCGCGGCGGAGAACGUCAUCCGCGAGACGAAGCCGCCGGCGUCAGGGCCCACGGCUGGCUGCGUGAGCUGGGUGGCCUCCGGGAGGCGGGGCCGCCUCGCGCGCGACGAGGAGACGCUCGUCGCAAGGCUGAAGAAGAGCAGGGACGCGCGCGCCCUGGGCGUCAUGGCAAGGUUUGGGAGCCCCAGCGCCGCGGAGCUCGUCGCACGCUGCGGCUUCGAGGUGGUGGUGGUGGACCACGCGCGCGGGCCCGGGGACCUGCUGGGCGCGGUGGGCCUGGUGCACGCCGCAGCGAGGAUGGGCGCGCACGCGAUGAUUCGGGUCCCCGGCAUCAACCCCGCACACCUGCGGAGGGCGCUGCAGCUCGGCGUGGAGGGGGUGAUAUCUGCAGGGCUGGCGCCCGCUGCCGCAGCGGGCAUUAGACAGCAUACCGACAUCGUCUGCUCCAGGUGCGGCGUCUGCUGGCCCACCGACAUGUUUCCACAGCGGGCCCUGAAGCGGGCGUCCCUUGCCGAUUGCAGGACGCACAACGGCAAGGUGCAUCCUACUUACGAGGAGACGCUACGGGCCACGGGCCAAUUCGUCCGCGACGACGAAGCCCACGCCGUGCUCGACGAGCUCAUUGCGCUCCGGUACACUGCAGCCCAACUUCGCUUCGCGUUCCUGGUUCUACUCGAACAAGAUGCCGCCCCCGCGUCUCUCUACCGCAAGUACGAACGACCGCUUAUGAAGGACUUCCUGGACCGAGGUCUCGGCGCCCGCGCCGCCCAGAAAAAUUGCAUGGUCCUGCUGCGAGCCACCUGGCUGCAGAACGGCAACAGCGACGAAAAUUGGAAGCUGGGCCGAGGCCACACUUUCGAGUCGCCAUCUGAGUUCGUGCACCGAAGCACCAAAGGCGUUCUGGACAUCAAGAAUUACGGGUUCAACAAUUAUGCAUCAGGCUUCGACUAUACCAACAUAUUCCUGGACAUCGUCACUGGCGCGGCGUCGUCUCACGCGCAAGUUCUGCUCAACAUAUUCGUUUGUAAGGUAUGGCUCAACCACGGGUCUUUUUUCGCCAUGUUCUUGAUAGCAUACGCUUAUGUGCAGACGCAACCGCGCCAGGUAGGUCCGUUUGUGGCCAUGCAGAUUCUCAAUGCGUUCCACCGGAAUGCUUUGUCGCGCAAGCUCUCAGGCACGUCUAUCAUCGCGCGGCUCUGCGAAAGGAGGCAGAUAUAUCCUGGCCCUGGGACACGCGUUUUGCUAGGAUUGCGCGGGUUCCCCAGCGGGCUCAUGGGCAAGAAGAAGAAGACGCCAUCCUCCCGCAUGCAAAACACAUUGGACCGGCGCGAUGCAUUAAUGUGCGACGCCGCGUUCGCAGAAAUGGCAUCCCAGUGGGGGCCGACAGGCAAGCGGGCGGCCGAAUUGAUCGGCAUGGCUCACCUGCGUAGCUGCGGCUUUGCCGAAGAGAGCAUGGUUUGCGAGAUCGGGUCCAAUUUAUCUCGGUCGCGAAAGCGCGCCCGUGCCUCGCACUGGCCAGACGAUAUCCGCGAUGGCUUCGUGCUGUCAUUGCGCGCACUGUAUUUCGCAGAGCGUCGGGCUCUCUGGACGCGCUUGGCCCGGCGCAAGGUCGCCGAGCUCGCCAUGGCCCCGAAGAGCUCGAACGCGACUUACGAGUACGCCCCGGAGCAGACCGCAGCCACCACUGCGAAGGCGGCAGACGCGGGGAAGAACCGCGACUACGUGUCGCUCUACACGGAACACAUCCACAUCGAGCUCCUUGACAUCAACAAGAAGAAAGCGAACGGGGUCCGCGUCACCAUCGCCGACGGCGCGAGCUUGCGCUUCCGCGAGGAGCGCAAGACCCACGGCCUCACCACGCUGUGGAAGGGCGCCGUCGCCGUCCACGACUUGGACGAGGCCCCCGCUGGCGCCCAGAUCGCGCAGCGUGGCUUCACCAGGGCGCUCAGCAAGGGCAGCCCGAAUCCGAGCUGGGCCCACGUCCACGCGGCAUUCGGCCAGUCCGCCCGCGCCACAGCCAACGCGCAGAAGCACGUGCUGCAGACCACCGCAGACCUACUCCAGCACAGCUACAUCGAAGCCGAUUUCGUCGUGCCGCCGACGGGGAAACACAACGGUUUCACAGUCUCCAGCGUCCGCAACCAGAACCGUGUCCAGCUCGCUCGGUCCUUCAAGAUGCUCGACGGCACCGACCGCACGGUCAAGGAGUUGCACAACUUCUGCGUCGUCGUCGCCAAGAACAUCCCCGAGAAGAUCCUCGCGCCGCUGCGCAGCCUGCAGAAGAAGUGCCCGCAGUUCAUCACGUGGACCACGUGUGACCCGAACACGGCCAUGGUGGACACCGUCCCUUCUGCCCUGACCGCCAAGGCGCCGGCCGCCCCCGCGUCCGUCAAGAAGCGCCCGGCGGCGGCCGCCGUCGGCGGUGCCGUCGCGAAGAAGCCCGCCAAGAGGGCGAAUAAUUGA